AAACCCUAGGCGCUCAACGUCGCCUCCUAUAUAUAUAGUACAAAAACCCCUAACCCUUUUCUGUUUUCACUUCCGCAGGCCAAGAUGUCGAAGCGAGGUCGUGGAGGAUCGGCCGGAAACAAGUUCCGGAUGUCGCUGGGUCUUCCAGUGGCAGCGACGGUGAACUGUGCCGAUAACACCGGGGCGAAGAACCUUUACAUCAUAUCGGUGAAGGGGAUCAAGGGUCGCCUGAACAGGUUGCCUUCGGCUUGUGUGGGCGAUAUGGUGAUGGCUACUGUCAAGAAAGGGAAGCCUGAUCUCCGGAAGAAGGUCAUGCCCGCCGUCAUCGUCCGGCAACGCAAGCCGUGGCGCCGAAAGGAUGGCGUCUACAUGUACUUUGAAGACAAUGCUGGUGUCAUCGUGAACCCAAAGGGAGAAAUGAAAGGUAUGGUUAAGCAUAUGGAAUUGUUACUUUUAAAGGCAUCUGUACUGAUGGUACCGAGAACAGAACCUUUCAAAAGUCAAAAUUGAUGGCCUCAAUGUUGAAUUGAAAUCAUAAAAUCAGACAUUAAUUUCUCUCUGCCUCUAUCCUGGAAAACUAAUAUGCCUGCCUUUUCUUUCAAUAUCCUACCUUUGUGGUAAAGAAAAUUUUGCAUACAUAAUUAUGAUAUUGGAAAUGGAUGGUUAAUAUUUUUCUUUCUGGUUGUUGAUUGGUGAUUUUUAGGUUCGGCUAUUACUGGUCCAAUUGGUAAGGAGUGUGCUGAUCUGUGGCCCAGGAUUGCCAGCGCAGCAAAUGCCAUUGUUUAAGAACUUUAAUUACCGUACAUUUUGAUUAAUUUGGUUGGGAUGUUGCUUUAUUUUUAAAUUUUGUUAGGAAAACAGGAAAGUACUUUGUCUCAAAUAGUUUGGUUUAAGGUGUACUAUGGUUGAAUGAGUAUGUUUUCGAUUACACCACA